AUGAUUUCCACAGCCCUCCACUGGUUAGUUUUGGUGUCUUUCAUAAUCCUGACCAUCGGCGGGAACGUGCUGGUGUGUUUGGCCGUGGGCCUCAGCCGUCGACUGUGGCGCAUCGCUAAUUGUUUUGUGGUGUCGCUGGCGGUGACGGAUCUGCUGAUGGGCCUGCUGGUGCUGCCCUUCUCGGCUACGCUGGAGCUACGUGGCGGGAAGUGGCCGCUCGGAGGCACCAUGUGUAACAUCUACAUUUCCCUGGAUGUCAUGCUGUGCGCCGCUUCCAUCUUGAGCCUGUUGGCAAUCAGCGUCGAUCGAUACCUGGCCAUCUCAGCACCCCUCAGCUACUUGUCCAGAAUCACCGCCCCGAGAGUGACGGUGGCCCUUGUCGCCAUCUGGGCCUUGUCGCUGGCGGUGUCAUUUGUGUCCAUCCACCUGGGCUGGAACACGGCAGACUACAGAGUGCAGCACCUGGACUGGCAUGCCAGCGAAGAGGACAAAGAGGGACGUUACUGCCAGUUUGAAUGGAAUAACAAUUACAUCAUUUUUUAUGUCCUGUGCUCAUUUUAUUUGCCAAUGCUGAUUAUUUGUGGGAUGUACCUUUGCAUAUUCAGAGUGGCACGACAACAGGUGCAACGAAUACGUGCCGCCACGCCGUCAUUCGCCCGCACGGCGUCAACCGCAGCCAUAGCCAGAGAGCACAAAGCUACCAUAACGCUCGCCGCUGUGCUUGGAGCUUUCGUCAUCUGCUGGUUCCCGUACUUCACCUUCUUUACCUGCACAGGCAUCAAGGAACACAUGAACCCCCCGACCACGCUUCACUCUGUUCUCCUGUGGCUAGGCUACUUCAACUCGCUCCUGAAUCCCAUCCUCUACCCCGCCUUGAAUAGGGACUUUCGUAAGGCCUAUGCAGAGCUGCUUUUCUACAAGGGAUCGUCACGCAGAAAACUGCGAGUGUACAAAAGAUCAACCCUCUCUAAUGGACAACGACUUUCUCAAGUGUCUGCGGAGCACAAAGACACAGUUAAGGAGACUGAGAUGAACAAUUUAAAUAUGCAAAAUCACUAA